CACCGAAAAGUAUUUAAACGUACAAAGGCGUUAAUAAGCGGAAUUAUAUUCGAUCUUCCUGAAUAAAACUUGAAAUCAGUAACCUCAAUAUGACAGCUUUACCCAGUCCUUCUACUGGAGAUCUUUUCGUUAAAUAUCAGCAACCUGAAUUUAGUGUUUACACUCCUCCUCAAGAUAACAAGAUUAGUUUUAGCUUUCAGCUUUCUAAAAGAUUAACCCAUAACACUGUUAAACCUCUUGGUUACCAACUUCCUUAUUUACUUAACACGUUUUCUGUAGACACCAAUCUUACCUCUAUUUGCAAUAACUCGCAAUUACGCUAUUACAUCGAACCUCCUUUAAAUAUUGAUUUGAAUAUUGGAGCUGAUAUUUUUAUUAGAAAACCCGAAUUUUACAAACCCGGUCUUGAUGGAAUACUCCUAAGUUUAAAACAACGAUACUAUAAUAACAUUAAAUUAAAUAGAAAGGAACAAAAUUUUAAAGAUGUUCAGAGUUACAGAAGUUCAAUAUUUGCUUGGAGAGGCCUUCUUUCUAAAAUGGCUGUAGCUCCAUACAGCAAAGAUGACUGGGCAUUUGUUGCCUGCAAAGUCGGUAACGCUAUUUUGCUAGAUGAGCUUUUAACUGUUGCAGAAUUGAAUAACAAGAUAAAGAUUCAAAGUACAACAUUUCAACGAAUGUGCUACUGGGGCUAUAAGUUUGAGCAAUAUUGCACUACUCCAGACUUGAAAGCUGCUUUAAAUGGAAAACGCUCAAUGGAUUUAGGAAAUGAAGCUGUUAACAGUUGCGAAGCUUUUUGUUGCGUAAUAAAAAGUAAACUUGGCGAACAUCUAUUGGUAAUGGGCGCGGAAACGGACUGCUCUCUUCCAAUACAAAAUCUCGUUGAAGGCGAUAUGUCCAAUUUUAUCGAGUUAAAAACAAGCCGAGUUUUUCAAAAUAUAAACGAUAAAGAUAUUUUUGAGCGUCAUAAGUUGCUUAAAAUAUGGGCUCAGUCUUAUCUCGCUGGCGUCCCUCUCGUAGUUGUUGGCUUCAGGGAUGAAAAGGGCAUCGUCAAAAACGUUAUUAAAUACAAAACUUUAGAAAUUCCUAAACUUUUAAAACUUGAUAAUACUAAAGGCCUCUGGGAGAGUAAUGUUUGCCUAAACUUUUUAAAUAAUCUUUUCGAUUUUAUUAAGUCCAGUGUUUCUCUACAAUAUAAUGAAGCAGCUUACAUAUUCCGAUAUGAUCCAAUAAUGCAUCGCGUUACUGUAGAAAUUGACCACUCAAAUACCCGAAAUUUUUUCGCUAAUGCAUACGUUUCUUUUGCGGAUGAACUGGAAUUAUAA